GUUGCCAGAUACACACGAUAUAAGCACAUCUGAGAUGGAAGAGAAAAAAAAAAACAUGGAUCAGAAUGAGAUCCUCCAUAUGUAUAAUGUGUAAAGUAGGUAAAUCUGUGCUCCCAAGAAUCCCUGCAUGCACCAGAAAGGCCAUUUAAGGACAUUGCUUCAGUAACGAGUGUGAAAAAGCAAACAGCAUGGCAUGAGAGUGGAACAUCUGUAAGAAGGAAGGAAGAAAAGGAUAGACCUGGAUGCUUCUGAGCACUGCUUUGAAGGAGCGAGGACAUGGCAGACACAGCACCAGCAGAGGGGACUCAUCUCAGGACUACUUGCUUCCAGCUGUUUAAUUCCAGCAUGAGAGAUGAAAGAAGGAGGCUGAGGACUUUCUCACAGUGGCCACGCAGCUCACCAGUGUCUGCUUGGGAUUUGGCCAAGGCUGGCUUUUUUUUUGUGGGUCCGGGUGAUCAAGUACAGUGCUUCAGCUGUGGUGGCAUCCUGAAGGACUGGGAGCCUGGUGAUUGUCCUAUAGUGGAGCACCUGAAGUUCUUCCCUUUCUGUAAAUUCAUUUACCGUGGAGCUGUUUGGAACCAGCAGGGAUCUCUGCAGGGAGUGUUUGACAGUGUAGAUGGGCAGAUCCUCAGCCUCUUGCAGAGAAUAGACAGUGAGGAGACAGCCCUGCCCAACCAACCAGAAUACCCAGAAAUGGCAUCAGAGGAGAUGAGACUAUCAACAUUUCAGAACUGGCCACAAUAUACUGAGAUUCGGCCCGAGGAACUGGCUAGAGCAGGGUUCUUCUACACAGGCCAAGGUGAUGUGGUGAGGUGUUUUUACUGUGAUGCAGGUAUGAGGAACUGGGCAUUUGGAGAUGAUCCUUGGAGGGAACAUGCCAAAUGGUAUCCAAGGUGUGAAUUUUUGUUGCGAUCAAUGGGGAGAGAAUUUGUUAACAGUGUUCAAGAGUCCUUUGCCAGCACUUCACCUCCAAGGGAUUCCAGGGAUCAGAUGGGACAAGAGCCCUCUGCUUACCAAGAUCUUUUAAGGAACUGGAAUUUGCAGUCUCUCCUUUCUCUGGAUCAGUUUUCUGUAGCACAGAAUGUUCUGGAGAUGGGCUUUAACCCUGCCUGGGUUACUAGCCUGAUAGAGAAUAAAUACAUACUGACUGGGACUUCCUAUCUUUCUGAGUCUGAACUGAUUUCUGAUCUGCUUCGGCCAGAAUGGGAAGAGAGCAGCAGUGAGGAGGAAAACAGAGAUGCUGUUCAGCAAGAGACUGAAACAUCAAGUUCAAGAGGAGAAAUGCAGCCUGUGCAACAGAAAGAGGAGUCUCCACUGAGCACAGAAGAACAGCUCCGACGCUUGCGAGAAGAAAGGAUGUGCAAAGUGUGCAUGGACAGGGAUGUGUCUGUUGUGUUUGUUCCCUGUGGCCACCUGGUAGCUUGUGGAGAAUGUGCCCUCAACUUGAGGCUGUGUCCUAUCUGCAGAGCAGUCAUCCGAGGAAGUGUGAGGACUUUCAUGGCCUGAACCACAAUGUGCAAAAAGGAAGAAGUGUCUAUAAUUCACUCCUAAUCCAGCAGAGAAAGAAAACAUUUGUUACUGGAACAGUCGUAUUUGCAGGAUAGCUUGGCCUAAAACUCCUUUCUAUGUGGAGUACUUCCAGUAAGAGCUGCUGAUUAGCUCUGUCUUGCUGUAGGACUGCUCCAGAGAAGCCAUGUUAGUUUUUUGUCCUUCAACGUGAGGUUUUUGCUAGAGGUAAUCUUCCAAAUACUUGAGUUCUCAAACAAAUCCCUUUUCUGCACUGAAAUCAAGAGCUGUUUUCAGCAUUCUGCCUGGUUCCCUUCAUUUAGCAGUUUAGAGGAUAUCCUACUAGGGCUGAUAGAUUCCUUCCUAAGUGUGAAUGAAGUUGAAGUAUUUUUAUACCAAAUGUGUUUUGUAGUAGCUAGGAUAUUCAGGAGGAAUGCAUUGAGAGGGGGAAGUAGAAAGGAGAAUCCAGCUCUUCUGAGGUUUAAUUCUGUUGGUUUUUUUUCCUGUUGAAUUUUCAACAGUUGGAGAAACUAUUUCUAACAGUACUCAAAUCUGAUUAACCCUGCUCCGUUUCUCCAACCUCUUUGCUCUCAGCUCAUUAUCCUCCUAGACAGAUGUUGAGAGACUCUUCAGUGCUCUUGGUCAUAGGAUGAUCUGAAUCUUCCUUUCAGGGUCUCUUCACUGGCGUUAGGAACUAGGGAACUAGUCUUCUGCUAAGAGAAUGUUUUUUCAGAGGAAACUUUUUUAGGGCUUCUGUUUGCUGGUUAAACCAGUUUUUAAUUUAAAGAUAAUAUUCCAUCAUGUAGUGACAGACUUCUAAGUAUGCAAUUGUGGGGAAGAUGUUUUUAAAAUAUCCUGUUCUGUUUAACUGAAUAAAAGGCUUGUCUUAUGAGGGUGUGAGUAUCUGAUUCCAGUAUAAUGCCCUACUGGUGGGGGUGGGAUCCUAGAAUAUCAGAGGGGAGCCAGGCUUAGAUCAUCUGAAUUUCCAUCCUUCACAAGUGUAAGUGGGAGUAGCAAAUUCUUAUCAUACAUUAAUCUCCUUUGAAAUGCAUUAGAUGGUGUGGGAUCUCUAGAUUCCUGGCUGAAAGACAGGGGAGGAUAAGGACCAGAUUCAUGAGUUUGUGUAAGUGGGAAUAAUUCUGCAUCUGAACUUGAUGGGGAACUUUAGUACCUGUCUCUUCAAUGGAUCUAUGGAGACUGGAGCACGAGCUCUAACCUGGAUACUGAGCAGGGCUGAAGUCUCAUCCCUGUGCUGUGUUAGAGGGCAGUAAUCUUUAUCUUUCUUUUCAGGAGAAGGUAAUGCUAAUGCAGCUCAUGGCAAAGAGGAAAUUACUGGCUGAGCAGGUUAAACUCUCAGACUCUGGGAGCUGGUGGAUUUCUGGUACCCGGUAGCUCUUGUAGGACAGAGCUGUACCAUUGUGCUGAACUGAGUGUUGUGGCAGGGUUCAAGCUACCCCUGGCUUUAUUUUGCCACUAUAAAUAACAGUAAGAGCUGUCUCCAUUUUAAGCCUCCAUUAAGAAAUGUCCUUUCAGAAACAGGUACAAGUUGAUAUUGACUGGCUGUAGUCCCAAGUGCUGCCUAUCCCCAAUAGAGGGCACUCCUAGCCUCUGAUAAAGGAACCCCCUCGUGGAAAAAUCUAUUGCUCCUUCAUUUCACGGCAUGCUGGAGACGCAAAGAACUACAAGUCGCUGCCCUAACAGGGUAUAGGGUUAUUGUGUGAGUCUAGUGCAAGCAGAACAGUAGGAAAGUUUUGUCAGAGUACAAAGGAUAAAUAUUUCUGCUAAUAAAAACUAGAGGUACAAAGAAAAAGUGCAUCAUUGUAACCUUGACUUUUAGCACUUAAUGUUUUUAUUAAAUCACUUCCUUGCACUUUCCUUCCCUAGCAUGGCUUCUGGCUUGGCUCUUCUGUAAAGCAUUAUUCAAGAAUCCCAAGUGAUCUUAAACUAGACAACACAAAGAAUUACAACAGCUUGUGGAAUGCUUCAGCCAAAGAAAGCCAUGGAUGGCAGACAAGCACUCCUUUCCCUGCUUGAUGCUUAACAUCCUGGGAGGUGUAGCAAACGAAACAGAUGCUGUUUUUUUUUUUCAUUUUAAUUAUUUGCUGCACCUUAUUAAUGCAACUUAAUUACAAUUCUAUUGCCCCUUUCUUCCUCCCCACUCCCUCCCCUCAAAAUUAUCCUGUCACAAAAAUAUCUUCCAGCAGGAAGCUGUUGGGUCUGUGCCUGGAGUAAGUGUGGCUGCUGGGCAAAGAAAGCAGGUAUGAAAACAUGAUCCAUGAGGAACUAGGCAUUUUCCAGUGUCCUACGGCAGGUAUCAGUUGUGCACCUGGCUAUACCAGUAAUGUGGAUAGGCAAACCCAGAGUAUGCUAUAGCUGCUGUAAGUUUGGCAUGUUGCAAUGGGGUUAAGCUCCAUACCAAGUACAGAUUUGGCAAUUGUACUAGUUUUAACUGUUCGGCAUUUAUAGUAGUUAAAUCACAAUGUUAAAAUCCAAGCCAAAUUCCUUACUAUUAAGGGGCUGAUAACUGAUAAGGAGUAGAGAUGAGGGAGUCCCAGAUAAAGAGGAGAAAGGGAAGAUCUUUUAUCUACAAUAUGUGCAGAAAAA